AUGGUGAGACUCACAAGUUGGCUUCUCCUCUCAGCAUGGGGAGCCGCCUUCGUAUCGGGGCAAGGCCUCCACGAGCUGGCCGUAAAGUCCGGGAAACUCUUCUUCGGAACGGCGACGGACACAAACCUUUUCAACGAUGUAGCGUACAUGGCGGUCCUAAACAAAACGGGCGAGUUCGGCCUCGUGGUGCCGGAGAACAGCCAGAAAUGGGACGCGACGGAGAAGAUGCAGAAUGACUUCCAGUUCAAGAACCCAGAUGCCGUACGAGCCGUCGCGCAGGCAAAUAAGCAGAUGAUGAGGUGCCAUGCUUUGACAUGGCACUCUCAACUCCCACAAUUCGUCUCAACGGGAACCUGGACCCCAGAAACCCUCACCCCCGUAAUCCAAGCACACAUCUCAAACGUGGUAACGCACUACAAAGGCGCCUGCUACUCCUGGGACGUCGUCAACGAAGCCCUCGCCGACAACGGCACCCUUCGCGACAGCGUCUUCUCCCGCACCCUCGGCGCAGACUUCAUCCCCAUCUCCUUCAAGGCCGCCGCGGCAGCUGACCCAGCCGCGAAGCUGUACUACAACGACUUCAGCCUCGAGUUCAACUCCAACAAGACGGACGGCGCCGUCAAGAUCGUGCAGGACCUCAAAGCCGCAAACGUGAAGAUCGACGGC